AUGGAGUAUGCGUGGGUUCGAAAUGUGGCCUUGGAAGUUGCAUCAACGUUGUGCGGAACUGCCGGUAAGCAGCUCAUGCGGAUCGGCAAGCUCGUCGAGCUCUCGGCAUCUGGAGAGGAUGGUCCUCAUAUUAAGCAGAGUAGGCUUUAGGUGUUCAUAUUGCCGUUCGUUUUCCCUUUCUCAAAGGGAAAAGGCAGAAAGCCCCCCGCGGGGAGAGCGAACACCAAAAGCUUACCGCUAAUCGAAGUAGAGGGACAGCGAGCAGAUGCCAGGGCGGUAGGAAGAUAUGGACACAGGGUUGCAGCAUAAGCAUUGACAUAUUGCGUCAUGUAUUGCAUUUACACAUGUUGAUUCUGAUCGAGAUCACGGCAUUGCUUUAUUGACAUGAAGAUAUCACAGAAUAGCGCACUGUGAUCAUUCUAGAAUAUUAUAGUAAUUAGAUCUUCUCUCCUACUUCCCGGCUCUUCUCUCACGCUUACCAGUUGUUAUUAACAUGAAGAUCAUAGUCAGUGCGAUCCGUAGACGAUAUGAUAGCUGCGGUCUUUAUUCAAGAGUUUACGUUGUUACUUCACGUAGUGCAUACUGUUACUACUGAUCGACCAGUACUCGUAUAGAAAUAGAAUGCCCCAGAACAGGACCCCGAUCUAAGUCUGUUUUUCGAGUUCCGCUGUUUGACUCUGUCUAUGACUCUGUCUAAAUACAAUCUAAUAUCCAGACGGCAUCAUGGGGAGUCGAACUCGAAGUGGGCAAAAGAAUAUGAUCACGAGGACGGCCAUGAGUACAAAGAACUGUCUGAUGAAGAUGACGAUUAUACCUCGACAGACAGAGAGGAAACGCCUCGUCAGGAGGAGAAAAUUAUGACUAAUAUGGAUGAACUCCAUUUUCGACUCAUCAAGCAAAUCUUGGAACCUCUUACUAGAACCCUUCUGAGUUGUACCUUUGGUAGAAGUACAUCUGGGUGGGACCAUUUUCAGAAGAUCAGACACAAUAUCAUAACCUAAGAGACUCCAAAAGCGCAAAGAAUUGUUCCCAACCAGGCGAAGAGCCUGGAACAGCGACAUUUCCUUCUGGUCGUAGAGAUGAUUGCCCACUUCUAGAUGUUCGUCUACCAGUUGUACCUUUGGUAGAAGUACAUCUCGGUGGGACCAUUUUCAGAAGUGCUUCAUCUUGGAGGAAGGAAUCUUGUGGUAAAAGUGCAUCAAGCAAUGAAGGAGGCUGUUUAGUAAGUAGAUCCAACAUCAAGAUGCGAAUUAUAGUAGCAAUUCUACUUGGUAGUUAAUAAUAUGGUUUUACUUAUAUUUUAGGAAAAAUAAUGAUUGAAUAUCUUCUAACACGCGGAGUUUGCUUCCUCGAAAAAAGGGAGGCCGCAGACGGUCUUCGUCUUGCAAUAAGACUUCAGCAUCAGAGUCAGAACAUGAAGGCAGAGCCUUGGAGAACGAACAAGAGGGAAAAGUUGGGUUUCCCCUAGAGAGGUACGAGAACAAACAAGAGGAAAAGAACGCUGAGUUUUCAACAUCAGGGUCCUCUUUGUUAGGGCUUCCGCUCCUCAAGCAUGUCCUUCCACUCUCACCCUUCGUGGUUCUACUUUUUCUACUUGAAAAAGAAGCAACUUCCACGGAUAUUAUAUCUCUGAAAGAGGAAAAUGCUAACGCGGUAGCUCUAACUUUGGGUGGGCAGAUCGUGGGCGAACAGGUGAAGCACGCUGCCGAUUUAGUCAUGCUUCAACACGCGAAUCGUUCCUCUGAUGCAGCAGACGUCCAGAACACUGGUUGCGAUUCUGUUGUUGUGAUCAUUUUAUGAAGACAAUGAGUGACCGUGAUACCGAUCUCGACAAAGUUGUUCCUUUUUGCAGUCGGUGCGAAUCUACUUCGUGUUUAUUUAUUUGAUGAGCCACUGAAAAUCGAUGUUGUUCAUCAUUUUGCACUCUGGUUCUAAAAUAAGGUCCUCUCGCUCGCAUCUCCGUCUCUAUUCUCCUAUCAUCUCACCCUACUUUCAUUUUCCCCUCCAGUGUUGACUGCAGUAUCUGGGGUUUCGUCUCGGUGUUUUUCCUCCCCUGACGAGUCUGAAAGCAGGCCAACACGAGCCAGCACGUUUUCUUUUGCCCCUAGACGAAGCGGUCGGAGCGUCAGCGAUAACGGCGAUGGGGAUGAGAGAGGAAUAAAGCUUAGGAUACAUAGAUUGGUGUAGGCUUAUUAGACAGCACUUGAUAUUAAGCGUUUUUUAGAAUCUACCUUGGUUAGUCUCACUAGUGGAUUUUUUACAAUCAGGAAGCACUAGCCGAAACUCCUUGGGCUGGUGCUGUUACUUGUAUCUAUAGUUUGAAUAUCACGUGGCGUAAUAUAGAUGCCGACGUACUUACGAUCAUAAUUUUGUAUCAGUUGCCUGCGGGAGCAGAAGGGCGUCCUUGUCCUCGUGUGCCCUUAUCUAAGGGUUCUUAUCACUACUCGUUGUACUAGUUUUGCUCAAUAAAAUCUAACUAUGAUUUAUUAAUAUCUAGAGUAAGAGUACAAGUAGGAGUAUGUUCGUCGAAUCUUUACUGCCAUGUUGCGGGGGAUGCAUGCAGCAAGGACGAGAAAGGAAAAGGUUUAGAAGAGGAGCCUCUCAGGAUAUUUAUGCAGUCCGAUAUAGUUAAGGCGAUCAUAACAACAAAUAAAAGCUUACAUUGCUUGAGAUGUUGUAGUUUUAGAUUGCCUUAGAGUAGAUCGAUCGCUACCUCAAGUUGAGCAUGCUACCAUUUAGGUGAAGACUCUCCUGCUACCAUCAGAGAGCUUAAGCUUAUGUUUUUAGAAGAUAAAACCAUCAUCAAGGACUUACCUAUUAUACCUUUGAAGAUGUCCUCGUAGUUGGGCUAGUAGCCACUUGCUUUUGAUCACGCUAUCCGUAUCCGCGAUGAAAGCAAGUACACUAGUAGUCUUGCAAGAAUUUCCUUCACGAUUAUAGAUGUGCUUUCUCAUCUAAAUUUAACGAAAACAACGCACUAGCACUUGUUCCCAGAACGAGAACCUUGAAGUUGCAUCAACAACAAAAACCGAGGAAGCUGUCAUGUUUCCAAUCCGAAAAAAACAUCUUGAGUUCUUCCUCCAAAGAUAGUUCGAGUUCUUUCGACGUCGAGCGGUGGCGACUGGGGCGCGGCCUGUGCGUCAGCGGAAUCUUCAUCAAUGCUUUUAUUGGCCCUUUCCUUGACGCUUUCGCUUACAAAGGAGUAGCGCAAUCCUUGAUUACUCCUCUCAGUGGAUUGGGAGUGGUACUAUAAUUCGAUAUUUUAAUAUUUUGGAGUUUACAAUCCAGAAAUCAAAGGUCUUCGCUAUUAAAACACUGCAGGUUUGGAAGAAGUAGAAGCUUCUACAUGGCCACAACUUCAAGAACUACCUUCAAAGUAUAUAUAAAUAUACUACGUUUUAGUUCCUUCAUUGUAUUUUUAGGGAGUUAAUACAGUUACAUCAACAAGUCCAGUCCUGUGGUCUACAUAGUCGUGUGCGUGGUGUACAUUGCAGGUCGCCGGCCAUGUCGUUAGGUUUCAGGAACAAGCGCGCUCGGUGCGUUUGUGGGCGGGCAAACCCGUACGCGGGUGGAUCGGUGUGCGGGUAGAUAGACGCGCGGACGGGUGGGCCGCGUGUGGGCAUGUGUGUGGCCUUUGGUGGGGUGGGGCUGUGGUUGUGUGUGGUUGUGUGUGGCCUUUGGUGGGGUGGGGCUGUGGUUGUGUGUGGCUGUGGUUGUGUGUGGCUGUGGUUGUGUGUGGCUGUGGUUGUGUGUGGCUGUGGUUGUGUGUGGCUGUGGUUGUGUGUGGGUGUGUGUGGCUGUGGUUGUGUGUGGCUGUGGCUGUGUGUGGCUGUGGUUGUGUGUGGCUGUGGUUGUGUGUGGAUGUGGCCGCGUGUGCCUGUGGCUGUGUGUGCCUGUGGCGGUGUGUGCCUGUGGCUGUGUGUGCCUGUGACUGUGGUUGUAUGUGGCUGUGGGUGUGUGCGGCUGUGUGUGUGCUGUGUGUGGCUGGGCCCCAGGUAUCUUCUUCUGGAAGUGCUUACUUAUUCAGAAAACCUGUUCUGGGAAGGCUGUCCCAGCAGUCUUGUUCUGGAGAGGCUGUCUCAGAACUUUUGUGCUGGGUAGGGUCUAAAAACCUGCUCUGGAGAGGCUGGAAGGCUGCGCAAAAGGCCGGCCUUGGAAAGUUUGCUCCACAAGUUGCGUUCUGGGGAGGCUGUUCCAGAAGGCCUGUGCGCUCUGGACAGGGUGCGCCAGAAAACUUUCCUGGGACGGGUGUCCCAGAAAACUUGUUCUGGAAAGGGUUUCGUGGCUUGUGUUGCUAGGAUACUCUCGCAGCGGAAAAUUUUCAGUAGGUUGCACUGGGUGAAUCGUGUCCAUAUAGAGAGCACCGCGAAAGGAGCCGGCGCCCCUGGUGGUCGAUUCCUCAGCCUCUCUGCUCUUCCUCGCUAUUGCUGGAACUGGAGUGCGCCGCAUAGUAUGGGGGCGACCCGUGCCCUGUGUGUGCUUGCUUGCAGCGACGGCGACCCCCUCGCCAGAAGCGCGUCGCAGGCAUUCUCCAGUUUCCCGCGUCUUGGGUGCGGUUCCCGCAGCUGGGUCCGCGGUAGAAGCGCGUGCCGCGCUGCGGGGCCGUGAUUUUGCUUCUUUGGUUAGUGGUCGCAUUCGUCGGAGUGGCAGUCCCAUCGUCGCGAGCGCUUUUGCGCUUGUCCUUUUUAUGGAGCAGCGGUUUGACGGGAGCUGCAGCCGCAGACGUUCGCCAGCCAGCCUGAGGACCCAACAAAGGCUGGCGUCUCCGUCAGACGCCAGGAUUCUCAGACGUCUCAGAAUUUCUGAGACCUCCCGGAAGCCUGAGGUCUGCGCUGAACUUGAGGGCGUUUCUCUGUCCGGGGACUGAUUCAGUCUGGUGCACUCGGUCGGUUCCCGGACCGGAAAAACCCCUGGCGCCCGCGUCAGACGCCAGACUUUUGCCAAUUCUCAGAAGUGAGGCUUUCGAGACCGAAAGUCCUGGCGUCUGACGCAGACCUCAGCUUUUUCAGAGUUGGUUCCCGGAGCACGAUCAAACUGCCACUACGUACUGCGGCCCUCGUCAUGGCGCGUUCUGCAGCUUCGUCUACAGGCCGUUGGACGCGUCGGGGGGCGCUGCGCCCGUGCUUUUGGCUGUGGGGUGCAGACAGCAGGCUCGCGUGGCAGUUCUUCGACUCCCGGCCCUCGGGGGUGCGUGGCCGUGCUUUCUCGUUCGAUGCACAGGCGGCGGAGUGGCUUGCCGUUGCCUAGGUGGCAGGCGUGUCUUUUCUUGCUGUAGGUGUGGCCAGGGGUCCGGUGAAAUUGUGCCGAUCGCGGAAUCGGUCGCGUGUCGAACUUUGGAGAUUUCUUCGCGUCGGAGUCUUCUACCUCUGCGGGGGUCCGUUUAGCUUGGUGGGCCCUCGGGCUGCGGGCUCGCGGCACUGGGCGCCUGUCGUUGUAACUAGCCCCCCUGCCCCAUUCUCCUUGUCUCAAGAUUUUCCGCUGAAAUUGCAUGCGUGUCCCAAAGUCAUGACUAGGGUUGUCCAGAGGUCUUGUUCUGGUAAGGUUCGUCCAGCGGUUGCGCUCUGGGCAGGCUGUUUCAGGAAACUUGUUCUGGAGCGAAAGGCUUCUCUGAGCAUCUUUUUCUGGGCCGGCUGUUCCGUCCCUUUUGUUCUUGGCAGUGCUCUUCUGGAAAGGCUGCGCCAGAAUGCCUGCCUUGGAAAGGCUGCUCCAGAAAUUGCGUUCUGGAGAGGCUGCCCCAGAAAACGUGUUCUGGAAAGGGUGCCCCAGGAGACUUUUUCUGAAAAGGGUGCCCCAGGUAGCCUGUUUGGGUAAGGUUGACCCAGAGCCUGCGUUCUGCUGGGCAGGCUGUUUCAGAGAACCUUUUCUGGGAAUGCUGUCCCAGAAAUCUUGUUCUGGAAUGGGUGCCCCAGGACGCCUUUAUUUUAUUUCUGGGAAGGGUGUUCGAGAAAACCUGCUUUGGAAAGGGUGCCCCAGAGGUCCUGUUCUGGAAAUGCUGCGCCAGGCGACCUGUCUUGGAAUGGCUGCGCCAGGCGUUGUGUCUUGGCGAGGUUGUUCCAGAUGACCUGUCCUGGAAAAGGUAUUCCAGAAAACUUUUUCUGGAAAGGGUGCCCCAGAUAACCUGUUCUGGUAAGGUUGACCCAGUAGCUAUGUUCUGGGCAGGCUGUUGCAGGAGACAUGUUCUGGAAAUGCUGCUCCAGGAAACCUGUUCCGGAAAGGGUGCCCCAGAAAACCUCCUCUUGGAAGGGUGUCCCAGAUAAGCUGUUGCUGUUCUGGAGUUGGUGUUCCAGAAAACCUGUCUUGGGAAGCGGGAAGGGUGCUCCAGAAGACAAAGUCUCUCCUGGAAAGGCUGCCCCAGAAAGCUUGCUCUGGAAAGGCUGUCCCAGAACUUUUGAUCGGGGCAGGGGGAAAGUCGCCCCUGUCUCGUUCUAUAUUUAUAGAGUAGUUUAUAGAACGGAUGUAGGGUGGACUUGGAUGGAUCGGAUGGACCCCCCUGAUUCUUCCGAUCCUACUUGAAAUGGUGGGAAGUCCAUCCGAUCCAUCCGAUCCAUCCCAUCCCGGAUCUGGCACCCCUAUAAAUUACUCUAGUUUUAUUAUCGUACAUAAGUAGAUAAUCACUCUCGACUCAUCAAAAUCAGUCAGGUCUGGAACACGAUACUUGCGCCUUUUACUUUGGGUGAGCAUCUAUCUUGUGGUCGGAUAGCUGGCAUACUUUUAUGGAUUCUACUCCACGCACCUAGUUAAUAUCAUCUGCUCUUCUACUAAAGAGCGUCACAGUCGUUUUUAUCUGGUGCUGCAAUACAGUUUUCACUUCGGUGACAUCCACCUGCUGGAACUGUUUUGUUCAGUCAUAGGGCUUGGGGUGUAGUAAAACUAAAUGGGACACGACCAUGCAGAUACUUCUGCUCUAAUCACAUGCAUACUAGUGGGUAUAAUAUCAACGGUUUCUUUCGCAGUGAAGCAAGAAGAUGACGAGUGGAACAAGAGGAAGAUCGAAUUUAUCUGGUUUUCUUUGCGGACUCAGUGCUACUUAAGGCAACAUCUCUAGACAGUCUGGAGUGUGGAGUAGUGGUCUAGACGUAGUUGAAGGAAACACGACAAGGAAGACCACGACCACUAAGAGAGGUAGACCGCGUAGGGUCUGCGCUUGAAGUUCUUCUAAGCGAAGUCUUUUUUUUUAUGCUCUUCGUUUUUGGCAAUCUAGUACUGCAGCACCGGCUACCCAAGCACGACUUCCGCAGGGGCUUCAGCAUUGGAAUCACUGCUGGUACUAUCUGAGUAGAGAGUCAUCAAUUGCUGACAUUUUUCCUUGCGAAAGAAGCUGACUCUUUAGAAAGAAAUUUAGCUGCUACCUGCCAAAAAAAUGUGUGCCUAUCUCCUCACUCUCAUGCAGCUUCAACGUUAACCCCACACCCACUUGGCCAGUUGGCAUAUUUCUUUCUCUCCACCACUUGACUAGAGUACCACGGCAUCAAUCGGAAUCCCACACGUCCAAUCAGGUGGCAUAUUUUUUUCUUUCCACACCACUCUUUUUCUUGGAGCAGGAGCAAAAUGAUAGGCACUUUACCAGAGUACAGCAUCAACCCCACGCGUCCGACCAGGUGGCAUGUCUGGUAAUAUGUUCUGCAUGAAGCUCCUGAUGCAGCUCCUGGGCCUAGGCCAUACAGACGGUGGGUUUCGUGGGAUUUUCCUUCUCUUCUGGACUGACACAUUUCUCCUCUGCUCAAUUCUUGGUGGAGCCUUGUUCUUUUUAUGCGGAAUAACUAUUUUUCUUUUUGUACUUAGAGUGAGGCCCCACGCCGGGCUUUCAAGUCUUAGGUGAUAAAAGCCAUCUUUGUCCUCCAUCAACACGCCUUCUAUGCUUAUUGUUGGCACUGAAAACUAGAAGUUGUCGCACUUGUUCUACUACCCUUUUUUACUAAUCAAUACUCAAUCGUCAAUCUGAUGCUCUGAGUGAGUACUAGUCGCUGCCCUGUUUAAGGCUACCCCUAAUCCAUCUCUAUAGGAAUCCCUCAACAAUAUGCAUCCCCAUACAAGGGGAAUACUGUGCCAUAUUGUUGAGGGAUUGCCACAGGGAUGAAUUAGCGAGAGCUCUAACCUGUUGAGGCAACCUGAUUGAUUGACUGACAACUGGAGAGGCGCUUGCCCGGUAAUCAGGGCUAGCGGUUUGCUCCCGAAGUGAAGUGCGCGAGGUGCUCAGCAAGCUUGCCGGUGCCGAGGAGGUGGCGCCUUGGUGGGGGCCUACUUUGGCGGGGAGCUGUGCUGCCAGCUAGUCGGCCACCUCGUCGCGGGGUGCCCACUGGUCCCAGGCAGCGUGGCUCAUACCAUGACCGACCCUGUGGAGCUGGUAGCGAGAGACCCCAAGAGGCACACCGGCCGCGUCUUAGCCGAGCGGGGCCUCCCCAGCACGCCGCCCGCCUGGCCCAAGAAAAAGAAGGAGCCGAAGCCCAGCAAGGAGGGGUAGGAGCUGAAUACGCCUCCAGAGUGGCAGGCCAACGCUACCAAAGCAGUCCGCACCAGACAGGCGGUGGGCGGCGCGUGGGGCACAAACGCCGGCGAGCUGUCAGGCAACCUGGCCUGGGCGCUAGGUCUCUUAGAUAAGCAGGGGAGGGGCAAAGGGUGGAAGCGGGGGAGAACAGGCCGGGCAUACGGGGCCUGAGCUUGAAGCUGAAGACAUAAAGGGAAAAGAAAGCAGGAAAGAAACAGAAAAGAACAAAAGAAAGAGGAGCAAGAGCUCUAAGACAAAUAAAGGCGGCUUAGCUGAAACCAAGCGCAGCCUGAUGGCCCUGAAAUUUUUAGCAGAAAGACCCCAUCCGCCGCGUCGGUGGCGGUGAGCGUCUGGCUUGCGGGCCUAGUCCAACGCGGCCCCCUCGCACCAAAUUCAGUCUUUUUUUGUUGGGACCCUUGUGGCUUCCAAUGACUCCGUGUCGGGAGGCGCGAUGGGUGGCGGAUGUCGGGCCUCUCCGUCAGUGGAGAAGUGCGGCGAGAGCCGGCCCGGCAUGCUCUGAGGUCUCUGGCGUGGGUUUCUGCGUAAAAGGUUGCGAACGAGGAAGGAUAGCCUGACCAUGUGCCCGCGUGACAUUGUCCAGUGAUCAGCCGGGGGCGCGGCUCUCUUCCUCAACUGAGUGGGGAGGGCCCCUCCUCCAUUAGCCCGACACAGCGUAAGCGAAUGAAGCGGGCAGAGCAGUCCAUAGACGGUAGCAGAUAGUUUGCGCCUGAGGUUCUUUGUAACAGUCUACGUGAGGCGGCUAGCCGCUGGUCUUUUACUAUGGGUGGCCUUUUGCGGGCUAGGUCAGCGGGGGCACUGGCGUGCUUGUACAGUCCAGAGUUAGCCUGGGGCCUUCGUUCUUCCGCUAUCCAGCGCCGCCGCCCGUUGGGCGGCCGCAUGCGGUUGACUACGUGACUGGCUGACUGACUGGCCGACGGACUGACUGGCUGCUUGAGUACUCGCCGCGCCUCUACUAGUAGUGUAGUCCAACUACCUUCCACAUUCACUAUCUAAAAAUGCUAAUGCUCAAACUUUCCAUCCUAUGCAGCUUCGCAAUGCGGUAAACGAAUGCAAAAGCUCUAUCUUUUGCUAAUAUUUUUCACCUCCAUCUACGAACGGGAGCUCCUUUCUUUUUAAUAGUAGCAGCGUCACUCACUUUAUUAUAAGUAAACUAGUACUUCUACUUGCCGGCAGUUUACCUUUAGUAUGACUGGCGUGUUGAUGAUGAGUGACAGUAAGUGAAACAAUAACAUAUCCCUCCCAUCUUCAUAUCCUUCGAUCACAAACGCUGCACUUUUGGCUACGGGCAUGAGGAAUUUUGACUCCCUCUAUAUGGUCUCGAUUUUUGAAGCUUCACUUAAGGCUCACAGUAAUUCACCUUCACAGGUCGACAUCUUGGCUUUUCCUCAGUGCGGCCCUUCCGAUAGUUGUAGUUUUGUUGGCCGAAUGUGCGGUCCUCUUAUGCUCCCCCAGUCUGUAAUAAAUUACUUAAUUGCUCGGUAGAGGUUUUUCGUUGAUUAAAUGGGCGGCAGCAUAUAGCCGUAACUAAAAAAGAAACGUGGACCGCGGUCCAGGGCGAGAAACGGGAAACCCCCCUGAGCUUGAACUUGGGCUCAGUUUCCCUCUUGGACUCUGAGAGCAUGAAGCAAGGUAGAAGAUGAAUCAAUGUGAGCUCUAACUCACAGAUCAUUGUCGAUGGCUUGUCAGCUGCCGUGGUGAUGCGAGAUUUUGAUUAAGAAACUUUGAUAUAACUUCAUCUGAAACAAGUUUGCUAUGUAGUGAGAAGAUGAUUGAAAGCAGAAAGUAAGUACAAAGAAAUGCACGUAAUUAUCGUCGUACAACUAUAGGGUACAGACAGAGAAGCAUGAUGUUGACAUGACAUGACUUCUUGUUCUUAUACUAACUACAAUAGCACUUCUACAGCACCUCCUUCAGUUAGUAUCUAUCCUUCUAGCGUUCUCGUCCACCUGAACUCUGGUUAGCAUCUAUCUUCCUGCUAAUGUCCUCGUCCGCCUGAACUCUGGUUAGCACAUCCUUCAGUAUCUAUCCUGCUGCUAAUGUAGUCGUCCACGUGAACUCUGGUUGGUAUCUAUCCUCGUGCUAAUGUCGUCGCCCACCUGAACUCUGGUUAGCACCUCCUUCAGUAUCUAUCCUGCUGCUAAUGUCCUCGUCCACGUGAACUCUGGUUAGCAUCUAUCUUGCUAAUGUCCUCGUCCACCUGAAUUCUGGAGGUUAUACACCACCUAUUAAGCAUCUGCCCUUCUAAUUUCCUCGUCCACCUGAACUCUGGUUACCUGGCAACUACCUUCUAGCACCAGUCUGGCGGAUUAUUGGAUAUGCGGGCAGCAUUUUUUUGGUAUGGCAAUGCUUCAUUUGUUCUAAUUGUAAUUUGUUGUAGUACGACGGGUCAGGAAGAUACAUAGUUCUUGAUGUUGCUAGUUGUACUAGUUGUAGUGGUAAGAUACUUUUAUAGGCUCUCCCAAUAUGGAGGUGCCUUUACACUGAGUGGCCUCACAUAUAGACGCGAAACGCAGCUACGAAAGAGGUAAGUGCCACGACAUGACAAGUUCACCAUAUUAACAAUGCUGAUUUUUAUUAUGUGUAGCACUGUAGUUAAAGUUACAACAACAAGGUACAGCGAGCUGGUUAAUAGGUGAUCAGUUCCUCCAGUUUAUCUUACAGUUGGUCGCCGGGUGACAGGCACAGCACAGUUAAGUUGGUCAACACGUGGAUGAAUACGGAUAAAGACUUUUGGACUCCUCGUGAUUAGUAAAGAAUUUCGCUUUUCUUAUUACAACAACAACAACAACAAGGUACUUCUAGAAGGUAUAGGUAAUGCCACCCUAACUUUAACUAUGUUCGUUGACACUUUUAUUUCAAAGUGGACCUCCAUCAUGGAGUUUCACUUUUUUAUUGAGGCGGUUGAUAAUUAGGCUGUGAAAGGAAAACAAGCGUUCCUCUCUAAUUCAAAUUGUCGUCGGUUUGGGUGUUUUGCUACAGGCGCAAAAGAAAACUGCAGUAUCUGGCCGCUAUGGUGCAUCGUAGGAGGAGGAUCAACAAGGGUUAAGCGUACACAGAGAGCAGAAAUAGUUAGUGCUGUGCCCUCGGUCCGACUUCGAUCGUAUGAACGAAGAUUGUGCCAAAAGGAUCCCUUCGCGGUCUGCCUAAGCCUUCGAGUUUUCUGCCUAAAUUUUAACUUUAGGCAGAUUUUGCCUUUGUUUAGGCAGCUCUAGCGGUGUGCCGCUGCGGCGGAGUCGGUUGCCUAAAAGUUCACCAGGCCACUGCCUAACGGCUCACUUCUGCGCUCCGGAGCCACCCGGUGGCUCCGGAGCAGGGCGGUGGACUAAAUUCGAGCCGUUUCUCUGCCUAAACUUUGGAUUUUUCUGCCUAAACUUUGAAUUUUUCUGCCUAAAUUUUGGAUUUUUCUGCCUAAAGUUUGGACUUUUCUGCCUAAAGUUAAAAUUUAGGCAGAAAAUUCGAAGGCUUAGGCAGGACCCCCAAGGGAUCCUUUUGGCUGAGCUUCGUGUAUACUUCGAUGUAAUUCUAAUUAUACCCGCCUAUAAGCACAAGAAGUAUAAUGUAGAUUGUAAUGUUGUCGUGCUUGGUUGUACUACGAAUAAACUCAAAUAAUUAGCCUACAGGAGAACAGCCUUGAGCCUGUUUUAUUGAGUAAGGAUACUACUAGGUAAGCAGCGUCUUCUGUAGGAAUUUGAUAUUGGUACAUCCGCAACGAGAAAGCAGUAACCUAGGCGCUAAGAACACUGGGGAAGCACGUGAAUAACUCGGAGCCUAUGUUCUAGAAAGUGAAAAAUAGAAGGAGAGCUUGAGAAACAGCAUAAGCAUCACCAAGCUUGAUCCGAUCGGGAUCAUUUUACUUGGCUGCCGUUACUUCAGUUUUUCGAAUGCUAGAAGAUUAACGAAUGGAAUGAAAGUGGCGCGAAACAAGAGAAACAGUUAUAACCGUAUAUUUCUUUUUGAACACAAACGAAUUCGAAUCCAAAGUAAGGUGAUUACGUUAUUUGCCCCAGCUGCAUAUUAAGGAGCCUCACUUUGUUACUAGGCCUACUCAUUUACAUUUUCACUAUCACCUAUUCAUCGCGAUUACAUAGAAAGUGAGCCGUUUUUACGUAUCUGCUAAUGGAUGCUAUUUAACAUUCAUUGAGAACCCAAUAGCUUUUAGAAGUAGUGGAGGCCAACGUCGGAUAUCGCGAGGACGAGGUCGGGGCGUCCUCUCUCUUUAUGAAGUUGUAUGACUGUAAAAAAAUUACAACUCUGAAAACUUUCAGCAGAAACCAACAAAAAGCAAAACCCAGAGUGUUGCAAUGCGGCAGGCCGUUCGCAGUGUGCUCGUUUCUUUUAGAGCCAGAUCAAAACAGAAAUUGAAACUGACUCUGCGACUUUACGAAAUCACUGAUAGAAUAAAGUGGAG